AUGGCCAUCGACCCGGUCGUAGCCCGCUUGCAGGGCACUUCUGCCGAUCACCGGGUGUUAGCGUUCGCCGACGACCUCUGCCUGAUCGCCGACAGCCCGGGGGAGCUCCAAACAUCCAUCGACGCGGCCCACAGCGGCCUGGGUAUGCUUGGGCUCCGGCUGAACGCCGCGAAGUGCGCUUCGUUGCACCUCUCCGGUCGACGGCCCGUGGGGGCCCGGAACACGCAGUUCAUGUUGAGUGGUUCCCCCCUACGCCCACUCGCGGAGGGUGAAGCCGCAACUUUCCUCGGCGCCCAGGUCGGGUUCAAUGUCAUCCCGCCCCUCUCCACGCUAGCCGAAACAAUCGAAAUCGGCCUGAAGAUCGUGCGGAGCAAGCUCGCUCCGUGGCAGCGGAUUGACGCACUGAAGACAUUCUUCUAUCCCUCGACCGUCCAUCUGCAACGGUUGGGGGUUUUCAACAAAUCAGAUUGGGCACGGGUUGACAGAAUCAUGCGACCGGAGAUAAAAGCGACCCUGUACCUUCCCCAAGAGGCAUCCGGGGAGUACCUUUACGGGUCCACGAGGCGAGGAUGCUGCGGUGUCAGGAUCCUGGCGGAGGAUGCAGACAUCGCCGCUGUGGACAGUGGGUUCAAGUUGCUGACGUCACCGGACAUGAGGGUCGCUGAGGAUGCAGCUGCACACGUGGAGGAUGUCACAAGGCGGAGGAUCUCCAAGGACCCGUCCAUCCACGAGGUCGCCUCCUACUUGUCCGGCGUAGAUGAGGGUGUGUUCCGGGAGGCCCGGGGCACGGGCGUCAGCGGUGUGUGGUCAAGGGCGCGGAACGCCUCCAAGCGGCUUGGUGUCAAGUGGUCGCUGGAGGGCGCUCCCGAGAUUGCACACGAAGGUACGGUAAUGGGUAAGAAGCAGAGGCGGGCGGUCAUGAGGACGGUCCGAGACACAUUGCGGCUCAAACGAAGCGACGCCUUGAUCGCUAAACCCGAUCAAGGUAGAGCCGUUGAAUGUGUGGCCGCCCACUCUGCUUCUGCCCACUUCUUGAGGGAAGGUGACUUCACGAGGUUCGCGGACUGGCGUUUUGUACAUCGCGCCAGACUGAACCUCGUGCCGUUAAAUGGCUCCUCGUCCUGGAGGGCCGGUGAUCGUAGGUGUAGACGGUGUGGGUAUAUAAAUGAAAGCCUAGCCCACGUCGUCGACCACUGUAUGCGAUACACCGCGCUCUACUUGGCGAGGCAUAACGCGAUUGUCACCAGAAUCAAGAAGGCGGCGUCCACUAAGUUUGAGGUUCUCUCCGAGAAUCAAGUCGUGGGCAACCAGGGCUUGAGACCGGAUUUAGUUCUGAAGAAGGGCCCAAACAUUUAUAUAGUGGACGUCACCGUACCUUUUGACAACCGCCUGGCGGCAUUCGAGGCGGCCGCCGCGGAGAAAAAAUCCAAAUAUGAGCAUCUUCGAACAGAGUUAGCCGCCCAGCACGGAUGCGAGGUGCUGGUAAUGCCGUUCAUUGUAGGCGCCCUGGGGUCAUGGGACCCAGGUAAUGAUAUUUUUAUGAAGGUCCUGUGUAGUCGCUCGUACGCCACACUAAUGCGCAAGCUGUGUGUGAGCGAUACGAUAGCGGCUUCACGGGACGUGUAUAUUGAGCACCUGACCGGUGUUCGGCAGGUCCGCGAAUAA